CGGGGUCGAAGUUUCGGUUUGGAUCCAAUCCAACCAGUACCAAGCAAAGAUCACGAUCGACAGAUUGAUAUGUAGAUCCUGCAGAUUGACCAAGAUCUAUCACACAGAAUCCAGAGCGAGAUUGACUUUAAUUAACCGAUCAGCAGACGAAGCCUCUAUCUGUUCACGGUUUCGAUCUUCGCCACAGAUGGUUCCACUUAAAGAAAGCUCAAAUCUCGACACGAGACGAUCAACAAGAUUGGGCAAAAAAGCGAAACAUGGUCUCAAUUUUGAAAUAUGGAAUCCGGCUCUCGUGCGGAUCUCGUUUGCAAUGAGCGUGCGAUCGAAGCCGAUGUGGAUCUAAAUUCUUCUUCUCCCGAUCAAGGAAAUAGCGAUCCGACUUAAACGGAACGAGGUCGAGUGAGUAAAUUUAAAACGAUCUUGGAACUAAAUAUUGAUAAUAAAGACUUUUUGUCCUUCAUUCUGCACGUUUUCUAAAUUUUCGCCUAACAGGGAAGAACCAGAAUUCGAGCUAGGUUCUGUUCACUCUCUCUACAAGAUGUCUUCUACCGAUCGCGUGCAGACCUUCGGGCGCAAGAAGAGCGCCGUCGCCGUCGCCCUCAUCAAGCAGGGUAAGGGCAACUUCCGUGUCAAUGGUAUGCCCAUUGACUCCCUGACCCCGGAAAUCAUGCGCGUCAAAGGUACACUAUAUUUUUUUGAUGAACGAUUCAUUCUUGCGAACAAGCAUAAAAUCCAAACUUAGAUUUUGAAAUUGAUGGGUGUAAUUUCCGCUCCGUCUGAUGCAACCGCCUGGCAUCUUCAUGACGUUUUGGUAUAUGUGGAACUGGAAAAAUCUUUUUGUCUAAACGCACUACAGUGUACGAGCCGCUGUUGCUCUUGGGAAAGGGAAAGGAGGGUGACACCGGUAAGUGGGGCUCCUUGGACUUCCGUAUCCGCGUCAAGGGCGGCGGUUACGUUUCCCAGAUCUACGCUAUCCGCCAGGCUAUCUCCCGCGGACUCAUCGCCUUCAACCAGAAGUAUCAUCUAAUUGCUGAUUUCUUUCUUUGAGAUAGUUGUCUAUCGUCACUUUUGGAUGAAUUUCAACACAUGUGUGUCAGCUAGUCCAUGCAGAAGUGGUUGAAAAUGGCAUCUGGUUCUCCAUGUUUUCAUUCAAAGUUGCGUGGACUACCCGUGCCCAAAAAGCGCAGUUUGAACGCAAAAUAAUGAAUCAAAAACAGGUACGUGGACGAGGCCACCAAGAAGGAGAUCAAGGAUACCUUGACCGCCUACGACAAGUCUCUGGUCGUCUCUGACCCGCGUCGUUGCGAGCCGAAGAAGUUCGGUGGUCGCGGUGCCCGCGCUCGCUUCCAGAAGUCCUACCGUUAAGUGCUUUCCGGGUUGCACUUUGGGCAGCAGAAGAGUCGUUAUCGAGCUAUGUAGAAGCAAGGCAGCACUUUGAUCAACAAAGUGCGACAAGACAAUUUGACAGGACCGUACUAGCUUAGUGGAGAGAAGUUCUGGUAAAU